AUGGCUGUGCUUGAGGGCGAGACCUACCGUCUUGCGUUCCCUACCUUUCCUGACCUUGAGAAUGCUGCGUACGUGUCAUACGGCGUCCCCUUCGACAUUGCUUGCACACACCAUAUCAAGGAGACCUACAACGCCCAGCGAGCGUACAUCAUCGCUUCCGCGUUGCUCUCGAAAAACACCGACGAAGUCAAGAAGCUAGAAAACGGUCUCGGUGACCGACACGCCGGCACUUGGCCGGGCAUCGCACCCCACACGCCUUGGGCCGAAGUCAUCGAGGCAACCAAGGAUGCUCUGUCCAAGAAAGCUGACUGCCUCGUUAUAAUCGGCGGAGGUAGCCUAGUCGACGGCGCCAAAGCCAUGCUACUGUUCAUGGUAAACAAUGUCACCUCCGUGGACGGCAUCCGGGAGUUCGAGAAGAAGUGCUCGGCACGCGAUGCAACCGGCAAGAAGUCGAGCGAGAUCCCUGUGACAUCUCCAACUGCCGCCUUGAUCUGCAUCCCAACGAGUCUGUCGGGCGGCGAGUACACGUGGUACGCUGGUGGCACAUACCCUGACGAUCACCUCAAGUCAAUUAUGGUACAUCCUUUCUGCGGUCCCAGAUUGAUCAUCAAUGACCCCAAACUCAGCAUUACGGCGCCUGAGUGGAGGCGUACUGCAGGACUCAUGCGCGAUGAGGACAUGGAUCAGGCUGCCAUCGAGGGCUUUAACUUGAUCGUACCGAACCUGCUCAUCACCAGGAAGGACUGGACCGACGAGGAAGCGAGGCUCAACUGCAUGAUCGGUGUGAACAAGGUCAUGAUUAUGCUGAAGAAGGUUGGGCAUGACGAAACGUCUUGUAUACUGCUGCCGAGCGUCAUGAAGUGGAAUGCCAAAGUGAACGGCGAGAAGCAGGAGAGACUGAAGAACGUCAUGUGGAGCGAGGCUCCAGUCGCGGAAGUCCUCAAGCGUCGAGGUUUGAAGCCUGACAGCAGCGAUGCUUGCGACGCGCUGGACGUCAUCUUCCGUGGGCUAAGAAUGCCGCGCAGCUUGCAGGAUAAAGGCGUGGGCAGAGACAAGUUCCAGGCGUGGGCAGUCAACAGCCUGAAGGACCCGUGCUGCAAGGCGAACCCAAUCCCCAUUGAGCGCGAGGAACAGGUGCUGGAGAUACUGGAGAUAACACCACAGGAAGCGGCGGAAGAUCUCCAAGACUUCGAGUAUGAAGAUGCCGCCCUCGAUAUCGUAAUAGUAUUCCAGCUGUUCAGCGCCCAUUCGAAGCCUGGUAGUAAGUCGCCCGCGGUCAUGCCGUGUUUAGCUGCGUACCGCUAA